AUGGGCAAGGUAGUCUUGGUCUCGGCUUUGGCCCUGCUGCUCCACAUGCAGCUUGGCUCAGCCUACAUUUUAUCAUGCUACUUCACCAACUGGGCACAGUACCGUCCACCUCCCACCAUCUACAUGCCCAAUGACAUCGACCCCUGCCUUUGUACCCAUCUCCUCUACGCUUUCGCCACCAUGACCAGCAGCUACCAAAUUGCCACUUAUGAAUGGAAUGAUGUGGAGCUCUACAGCCAGUUCAAUGCUCUGAAGGACAAGAAUGGCAACCUGAAAACUCUGUUGUCAGUUGGUGGGUGGAACUUUGGUUCGUCAGGAUUCUCUGCCAUGGUGGCCUCUGCCACCAACCGCCAGACCUUCAUCACUUCUGUCAUUGCAUUUCUGAGGAAGUAUGAGUUUGAUGGGUUGGACAUUGACUGGGAGUAUCCAGCAAACAGAGGAAGCCCACCUCAAGAUCAGCAGCUUUUCUCCGUUCUGCUGGAGGAGAUGAGGGCCGCAUUCGAGGCAGAGGCUAAGCAGACCAACAGAGCUCGACUCCUGAUGUCUGCCGCCGUCUCGUCAGGCAGAGGCACCAUCGAGACCGCCUAUCAGAUUCCUCAGCUGGGACAAUCACUGGAUAUGAUUAAUGUGAUGAGCUAUGACAUGCAUGGCUCUUGGGACCCUUUCACAGGGGAGUGCAGCCCCCUGUACAGGGAUUCUUUUGACAGUGGAAGCUACAUCUACUUCAAUGUGGAUUAUGCCAUGAACUACUGGAAAAACAAUGGGGCUCCUGCAGAGAAGCUACUUGUUGGGUUCCCCACAUAUGGAAACACCUUCACCCUUAGAAACCCUGCAGACCAUGGAAUUGGAGCACCCAUCUCUGGAGCUGGAACAGCAGGAAAAUACACUCAAGAAGCAGGGGAGCUUGCUUAUUUUGAGAUCUGUACCUUCCUGAAAGAGGGUGCGACAGAGGUGUGGAACUCCCAGCAAGAUGUGCCAUACGCCUAUAAUGGAAACCAGUGGGUUGGCUAUGACAAUGUGAAGAGCUUUGGAAUCAAGGCCCAGUGGCUGAUGAAGAAUAACUUUGCUGGAGCUAUGGUGUGGACCAUUGACAUGGAUGACUUUUUGGGCACUUUCUGCAACCAGGGCAAAUAUCCCCUGAUUAAUGUGCUUCACAAGGCCUUUAAUCUGGACCAGCAAGCCUGCACACCUCCUGCAACCCCACUGCCCCCAAUAGCAGGUGUGACCAGCACCACCCCCAGUGCCAGUGGAGGAAGCUCCAGUGGUGGAAGCUCCAGUGGAGGAAGCUCCAGUGGUGGAAGCUCCAGCGGCACCAGUGGCAUGAACAGCUCAUUCUGUGUUGGCAAAGCCAAUGGUCUGUACCCAGACUCUACCAACCGCAACAAGUUCUAUGAGUGCAAUGGAGGGAAAACCUAUUUCCAGGAGUGUGCAACCAGCCUGGUGUUUGACACAAGCUGCUCAUGCUGCAACUGGAGUUAAAGCCUCAGUCUUUCCAUAUUAAACCACUUACUGCCUGUUAUUUUUGUUUCAUCUUCUUUCUUAAAAUCAGAUCCUAUUAAAAGGAAAAUGAAGUCCUCUUGAUUAUCAGUAAAGUGUUCAUUAGUUCUUACCAGCAAAGAAACUCCAGUCGGCCACCCAAAGGCAGAUUACAGAGCCCUUGCGUUUCUCAAGGAACACUUCACAUUCUUGGUGCUCAGGCUUGUUUAAGCUCCCAUAAUAAAGCUCAUAAAACA